CGCUGACUACGGCUUCCAAAACACACUAUCUCUCUCUCUCUCUAUUCUAUUUUCAUUGAUAUUAUAAUCAGUUAGUGACUGUUUUGUGUAGCAAGCACAAGUCCACAAUACCAGUAUUAAUCCAAUAGGCGGAAUAUGAGAAAACCUUGUUGUGACAAACAACAAGGCCCUAACAAAGGUGCUUGGUCCAAGCAAGAAGAUCAAAAGCUUAUUGAUUACAUCCGUACUCAUGGUGAGGGUUGUUGGCGUUCCCUUGCCAAGGCUGCAGGGCUACAACGUUGUGGCAAAAGCUGUAGAUUAAGGUGGAUAAACUAUUUACGACCUGACAUUAAACAUGGAGACUUUGGUCAAGAUGAAGAAGACCUCAUCAUCAAAUUCCAUGCCCUCCUCGGCAACCGGUGGUCACUCAUUGCUGGAAGGUUGCCGGGACGUACAGACAAUGAGGUAAAGAACUAUUGGAAUUCUCACAUCCGCACAAAGCUAAUAAAGAUGGGCAUCGAUCCAAAUAACCAUAAGCUACAACAACACCAACACCAAAGCUUCCCUAAAGUUUCAUAUGCUUCUGCUGCAGCAACUGCACCAUCAUCAAAUCUAAUUACGAUCAUGAACAAAGAGCAAGGAGUCCCUUUCAUAAAAUCAAAUGGCUCUGUAGAGGAAGCAGCAUCAAUGGUUUCUUCAUCAUCCCAAUUGAAUCUUGACCUGACUAUUGCUUUCCCUUCACCUAGAAAUCCUCUUGUUGAGGAUAAAUCUAAGCCUAGUUCUGAGUUCACUAAGAUAAGAAAAAUGGAUGAGGAUUCACCCACUACCCUUCCUCUAUUUCAAUAAUGAUUUAUUUGAAAUUAAAAUAUACAUAUAUAUAGUCACAUGCUAUGGACAUGAAAUCGCUUUUCAUUUAUUUUUCUUUCCUUUCCUAUCUCACCAAUAAAAAUAUAACAUGUAAGUGAAAACUGUUCCUCUCAAUUAUAUUCAAAUUAUGUAUUCUCUAUCAUGGUUAGUAAUUA